AUGUCGCAAGAAAAGGAGCAACAUACAGCGCAUCCCUCAGGAGACCAAACACCGCAAACUUCUACUUCCAUUACACCAAGCCUGCGCUCCAACAAAGAUGACGAGAAGUCGCAAUCGAGCACACCAGGAGCACCCUCCGACGGCGUCCUGCAACAACAUCCUCCUGCUGAAGUUCGCGCAGAUGGCAAGCGCGAACUGAAGGAAUGGGAGUGCUGGGAUCAGCUCGCGUACAAGUGGCCCAACCAUGGAAGAAAGUGCAUGUAUCUCUCGUCUAUCGCACUCAUCCCAGAUCUCUAUGAACUUCAACACAUCGCUGCGCGCGUUGGCCAAAUGAUCUAUUUGGUGUUUUACAGCUUUGGGUGCGAGCUAUGGGCGCCAUGGUCGGAAGAAUUUGGUCGCUGGCCGAUCCUCCAGCUUUCGUUAUUUCUCAUCAACAUCUGGCAGAUUCCAAACUCAGUGGCGCCGAACUUUGGGACUAUUGUGGUCUGCAGAGCACUUGGCGGGCUGUCCACGGGCCGGGGGUUCCGUGACGCUUGGGUUGAUCGCGGACCUCAUUGGGCGCUGAACUUCAUCGUAUUGAGCUCAACCAUUGGUACGAGCAUUGGCGGCGUCAUUGGAGGUCCAAUCGAACGAUAUCUGUCAUGGCAUUGGAACUUCUGGAUCCAGCUCAUCUUCGGAGUCACCGUACAGGCCAUUCACUUCUUUAUGCCCGAGAGCCGCUCGACCAUCCUCAUCGACCGCGAAGCAAAGCGGCGGCGCGAAACCGGCGAAGAUCCAAACGCGUACGGACCCAACGAGCUCAAGAAGCCGCGAAUAUCAUUUAAAGAAGCAGGGAAAAUUUGGCUACGGCCAUUUGAGAUGUUCGUUCGCGAACCCAUUGUCUUGUUCUUGUCGCUUCUUUCUGGUUUCUCCGAUGCGCUCAUCUUCACGUUCCUCGAGGCAUUCGCCAUCACGUUCCCAGCAGAACUUUGGUUUCGGCACGCUGCAGGUUGCAUGGGCUUUCAUUCCCAUCAACGCAUCGUACUUCUUCACGUACUUCCUGUACUGGCCGUGGUUCAAGCGCGACGAACACUUGAGGAGGAAGAACGGACCCGAUUCGCUGUCACCCGAGCGUCGCCUCAAGCCGCUUCUCUUAACUCGCUCUAUGGCGAGCCGACUCGGUCUUUUGGAUUCGCAUGGACUUGUACCGGCCCACCGCAGACACAUUGGAUCGCGCCAAUGAUCUUCUCGUUCCUCUCGGUUUGGCCCAACUUUGCAAUCUACUACUCCUCCGUCGACUACAUGAUUGCAGCAUACGGACCCUACUCUGCAUCAGCUACCGGCGGCAAUGCGUUUGCGAGAGACUUUCUUGCCGGUAUCUCAGCGAUGUACGCUGCACCGUUGUACCAUAAUCUCAGCAGGACCAGGCCUUCGGAAUACGCGACCACGGUUCUUGCUGGCUUGUCGUGUCUGGUAGUAGUCCCCAUUUACGUCUUCUAUUGGAAAGGGCCGCAGAUCCGAAAGGCUUCGAAGUUCGCGUCAAUAUUGGCAGAGGACAGGAAGGCCGAGGGUGUUCGGCGCCUUAGCAAAGCUGACAAUCUUCAAGUGUAA